GCUAUCUGAGAAAAUAAUGGAUAGGGAAGGGCUAAAAUUGUAAAAUAUCGCAAAUAUCUAAAAGCUAGUGUCUCAUAUUUUCAGCCAUUCAUUAUUGAAUGUAUUUGGAAAAAUCGAAGAUAAUUUGAGCGAGAGAAACAUGAAGAGCAAAAGUAUUCAAGGCUCACUGCCGAUUCCUCUGUGGCUCCGUAAUGUUUUCUGUCCCUAUCAUUGAUUAAGAGAGUUGUACGAAGCAGGUUAUGUACAUGGUUGCUAGAGAUAUGAACAAAUUUUUGUGUUCCAACAAGUAAUUGGUUAUCGUCAACGUUUAUAAUAUUCUUUAAGACUAAUAAUUGACACAUUUACUCUCAAGUCUCAACAUUAAACAAGAUGUCCAUGUUGUAGAAGAAUGGUUGCUUUACUUUGGCAGACGAUGACAACUUUUGAUGUUCUUGCUCUUCCAGGAAAACACAAUGAAAAGCGCAUGCAAGAAACAAAAUUGCAUUGUAAACACACCCACAUCACAAGAAGAAAGGCAACAUCACUAUUCCUAUUCCUUUCUUCUCCAAUUCCAUUCCAUUCCCAACAAGCAUAUGCAGCUGAAUCUUCGAUUCUAGACAUGUUUAGAAUGACUGUUCCUGACCAGACAGUGGAGGAAGCUGAGAAUGGAAUCAGAGAACAUGCGAUGAGUUUGGUACAAGUGAAAGAUCUGUUGGAAUUGGAAUCAUGGAAAGAGGCGCAAAAGGAAUUGAGGAAGAGUGCUUCUUAUUUGAAACAAGACAUUUAUACGAUAAUUCAAGGGAAGCCUGGAAAUGAAAGACCUCAACUUCGGAAUCUUUAUUCCAAACUUUUUAAUGAUGUCACAGGAUUAGAUUAUGCAGCGAGAGAUAAGGAUGUGCCACGUGUGUGGAAAUUGUAUAAGGAUAUUGGUGUCACUCUUGAUGAUAUUUUAUCUAAAGUUUAAUUACAAGUAGAACGUAUUAUUUUAAGGA